AUCCAUUCAAUCGUCCGCAAUUCAAGUUCACUUUCUCGUGCUACUUUCUCAUUUCACUUUCGAAAAAAACACUAAAUACUGUAUCAGUUCGAGUUUGGUAUCCGCGUUGUAUAUUCAGGCGCGCGGGGUAAUAUUAUUAUUGUGAUCAGUGGAUGAGUUUUGAGUAAUAAUUAUUGCGAUUUAUGGACUAUCAUUGACGAAUAUGGUGUAUACGGAAGGAUAUUUGAAGGAAAAGCUGACCAAGGAAUUGGACGCCGUUCACGUCGUAGUGACGGACGAGAGUGACGGCUGUGGCGCCAAGUUCUCGGCGCUGAUCGUCUCCGACAAGUUCCAGGGGAAGCCUUUGCUGGCGCGCCACAGACUCGUCAACUCAGUUCUUCAGGAGGAGCUGAAGGAGAUACACGCGUUCACGCAGAAAACUCUCACGCCCGACCAGUGGAACGCUCAACAAUAAUGUACUAGAAUAAAAUGAGAAUUUAAAAAAGUAGUUUUUUUUUUU